AUGCGACAGGUUCGAGAGCUAAUAAAAUCAAAAAUUAUUAGGCUAUCAGUUAGUGAUAAGGGUGAAGAGUUUGUAGUAAUUCCUCGCCAGUUAGAUGUCGAUAUAACAGAAAAACAUCUCGAAGACGCGUCUCUUCAUCGCGCAUCUACUGAAAAGGAAUUCAGAAGUCAAAAUCGAAAACUGAACAGCGAAUGGGUCAAAACGGCAAGCGCAGCAGGUUUAAAACCAGCAGACAUUUCGCAUCUAAAGAUCGAAGUGCCGACAUGUCCCGUCCUAUACUUACUUAUCAAGACCCAUAAGUUAAUACGCGCUGAUGAUCUGACGUCUACCGACCACUCCACUUUUAAAGUGAGACCCAUCAUCAGUUGUGUAGACGGGCCUACAGAUAGAAUUGCUUGGUUUAUAAACCUAAUCCUCAACCAGUUGCUUAGGCACAUACCAGCCCAUCUCACGAGCACCCAAAUGUUCCUAGACCGUCUGCGUAACGCACGUCCCAAAAUCGCGUACGUUAUAGAGUCGUUCGACGUUACCGCUCUUUACACUAACGUGUCGAACGACUCCGCAAUGCAAACCAUCCGAGAGCUUCAUGAGCAACACGAAGGAGCAAUUAACAUGUAUGGCUUUUCGAUUCAGCAGCUUAUGGUCCUCCUGAAGGUCUGUUUAAACUGCUCGAUCUUCAGAUGGUCCGGGAAAUAUUACGCGCAAAUUAGAGGGUUGGCAAUGGGACAGCGACUGGCACCAACCCUUGCCGUUGCCUUUAUGUCUAAAGUGGAAGCACCAGUAAUCGAUCUCACGCCAUUACUCUACUGUAGGUAUAUAGAUGAUUGUAUCGUUUUCUUGUUCAGCAAUCGCGAGGUUUUUAAACAGCAUACAUUUACUUCCAUAAAAACACAAUACAAUACAACGCUAGCUGACGUUUCGGCAGUAUCGCCUUCUUCAGAGCCGCUUUUUCGUGACUUCCAAUGA